UGCCAAUCUCCAAUUCCACUUCAAUAACUGUUCUCUGCGAAGUCCACGAACCUCCCGGAUUCUGUCGGGGCAAUCUUGCCUCGUUACCAGGGCUCGCCCUGAAGCGCAGUGGUAUCAAAUUCACGCGACCCGGCCCGAUCUUAUAACCUCGCUUUCGCUCUGUCUCUAUUGCAGCCUCUCUGCCUCGACGCAUCCCCUCUCCCUUCAACAUAGACAAACAAUUGCGCGUCGCUUCAUACACUCCCAUUUAUUUCGCUGGCUUGCUCUCCGCAGCCGCUGGGAUAUGCGCGCCAAAGCUGUUUAGCAGAACGAGUCGAGACUCUCCUACCUUUCCACUUGCGACCACAGACAUGCCGUCUCUCUCUCACCCCCAGGCGCAAUUUGUGCCAAUCCCGCCAGAUCUGGACCUUGACGCCCUGGUUGAGAACUCGAAUAACUUCGACUAUGUCACCAGACUACCUCGCGAGAUGCUAAAUGGCCACUCCAUCCAACACCUUGAGCAAUUAGUACUCUUGCAUGUUGUUAUUGGUGGGAAGCCACUCGUGAUCGAGGGCUGGGGAGAUUGCAUCGACCCCUGGCUAUUCAGCCCGCAAUGGCUGCAAGAAAACAUGGGAAAGAAGGCUGAGAAAGUUCGCGAUAUACCCAACGCCGUAGAUAUUCCUAUGACUAUUGGUCACUACCUCAAAUCCAUGCCGCAACUGACCAACCAAUUUACACCGACCAACUACCGCAAUCCCAAACGACAGCGGCUCUAUCUCAAAGAUAUUGACUGUCCUGAUGAGUGGGCGAGGGAGUUGAAGGAGUUUAUACCCGAGACAUUUUUCUAUCUCAACGAGUGUAUUGAACCCAGAACGGGUGGCGACGGGGCAAUACUUGAGCCCAACGAAUAUGGACAAAUGAAGUACGGAAAAGGUGUUGCACCUGCAGGCGACUUGAUGAGCAGUCUUCCACCGGAGAUGCGGGCUCUCAAUAUGAUGUGCUACAUAGGUCACGAAGGGACAUAUACGCCAGCUCACCGAGAGAUGUGUGCUAGCCUUGGUCAUAAUAUCAUGGUUGAAGCUUCUCAAGAUGGAAAUGGAGAGAAAGCAGGCAGCUCCAUUUGGUUCAUGACCGAAACUAAGGAGCGCGAGGUUGUCUCAGAGUACUUCCUGUCUAUGCUCGGCCACGAUAUCGAAGUUGAAAAGCAUUUCGCCCAAAUAAAUGCCUGGAAGAAGGCACCAUUCAAUGUAUGGGUUGUUGAGCAGAAGGUUGGUGAUCUGAUUUUGAUACCGCCUUUAGCUCCGCACCAGGUUUGGAACCGGGGGACUCGCACAAUGAAGGCCGCAUGGAACAGGACUACAGUCGAUACACUGGAGCUUGCAUUACACGAGGCACUCCCACGAGCUCGAUUAGUCUGCCGAGAGGAGCAAUACAAGAAUAAGGCCAUUAUUUACUAUACCCUCAUCAAAUACCAUGGAUUGCUUCAACGGGAUACCAUCGAGCCGAAAAUGUGGAAAUAUGGUCGGAUAAAGCAACUGCUGGAAGAUUUCAAACGGCUAUUUGCUUUAUACACCGAGAUUCUGGUUAGCGAAAUGUUCGCACCUAAUCUCCCCACCGAGCGAAACGUCGAGUUCCUUCCCUACGAUUCAAACGUCACCUGCUCAUACUGCCGAGCCAACAUCUUCAACCGAUUCCUUACUUGCAAAACUUGCAUCGAGCGUGCACCAACGGGGGAGGAAGAUACGUAUGAUAUAUGUAUGGAAUGCUUUGCUAUGGGCCGUUCCUGUGGCUGUAUUUCGAAUUUCGAUUGGGUUGAGCAAUGGGACUGGUCAACUCUGACACAAAAUUACGAAGAGUGGCGUAAUGUCAUAGUGCAAUGUGAUGGCUAUUUUGACGUUCAGAAGUCGCCACAACCUUUGGAGGUCGCGAGGAAACGAUAUGGCAGAAAGCCUGUGGCACAGAUCUGCCAAGAGGAGUUGAAGAUCAGACCAUGGCACGACAUCACGAAACCAUUUGUCCCCGAACCGUCUCCCGGAGAAUCGGAUGUUGAACCGGAGGCCGACGACGAAGGCCGUCCCAAGAAGAAAACACCCCGCAGACCCAGAAAAGGGAGGGUUCCACGGGUUAAAGAUAAGACCUACGCCUGUCAUGUAUGUUGCCAUCAUGAUUGGAACUGGAGGCUUGCCUUCUGCACAACUUGCAGCAAUGCGUAUUGUUAUGGUGUCCUAUGGCGCGGUUUUGAUCUGAUGCCGCAAGAUGUUAUGGAGGAUAGGGAUUGGUCAUGUCCGAAAUGUCAAGGGAUAUGCUCAUGUGGGAAGUGUCGGAAAACUUCAACCCAAAAGCCAUACGCUCCCAAGGGAACACUUUUAGGCCAUGACACAAGGAAAGUAGCAGAUUUCAGAAGUGUUGAAAGCCUAGUUGAUUUCUCGAAGACGAACCUCGGAUGGCUUCGUGAAGAGAACGACCACAACCCGCAAGAAUCUGGACGGAUGAAGAGGCUCAAAGAGAAAGCCGAAGCAGCAAAGGCUCGUGAAGACGUUAUCGACGAGAGUUACCUCGACAGUCAUGAUCCACAAAUGACUAUUCAGUCCGAAGACGGAAAUGAUCAGAUAGACCCCCAGCUUCGGGAUCCUGCAGCUUCCUUGACAUUGCAUGCACACGAAAAUGGCCACUACCAAAGCUCUUACCCGCCCACGGAUUCAAUGAACGGCGGUAGUAAUCUCCCCCUUGGUGCACCUGAGGCAGGGCAGUCGCAGGAACCGGUAGAUGAUCAUUUUGAUAUUGAUUUUGACUCGUAUAUCCAACCGGAAGCUAGUUACCCAUCGAGACUUUUUGCACCGGUCGCUCCUAUGCAUGCUCCUGAGCCAUCCGAUCCUGAACCAUCGCACCUCGGGCAGAAUAGAAUGAUGGGUAUAGGAUAUUAUCAGCAGGGCAACGGUAUUGACAAGAUCUUGUAUGACCCACCUAAUUUAGAUGGCGCUGCGGAUGAGUCUCAGAACGCAAGCGUGUCCACAACUGCAAAUUUCGCACUUUCGGAUCUUCUAGGGCCCCAGCCGCAGGAGGAGGGCACAAGAAAGAGGAAGAAUGGGUCUGGUAGUGACGGCGAUGACGAUACCGAGUUCUUCACUUCGAAACGCCAGAAGAAGCUCGCUGAAGCUAAGAGAACUUCUGGUAUGAACGCACAAGAGUCCAUUCCGGAUCAGGUCGAGUAUACGCCGAGGCCUCCUCAACGGUCCCCUCGUCGUAAUGUUAGAAAGCCGCAGACCUACACGGACUUGGGUGAAGACUCAAUACCUAUAUCAGAAGAAGAUAUUAUAAAGGUAGUGCCUCGCAAGCCUAAUGCCGGUCGCGAUGCAAACUCCGAUACGGACCUUGCCAGACAAGCGAUGCGUCGUCUCACUCGAAAAUCAGCCAGCGAGCAGGGACCUAAGAGGAGAACCAGACACAGUCAAGAAUCUAGUAUUGCAACGUCGCGGGCUUCCGCUAAACCUGCCAGAAGAAAAUCCGAAUGGCUUGCUCGCAAAGAGGCAAAGGAAGCCGAUGAGGACUUCCCGAGCGAACUUCCCAGAAAAAGAGGAAGGGCUAUGCCUACUGUUGCGAAGGAGAGACCGGAAGUGUCUCUCAAUAGCUCUAAAUCUGAUGGCGAAAAUAAUUCACCAGCUGAACCUGCCAGAAGAAGGGGUAGGCCCCCACGGUCUGCUACUAAGCAGAAGCCAGAUACUUCGCUUGUUGUCGAUAUCUCUGAAUCUGGAGGUAAGGACGAUGAGAGCGUUAUAAUUGAUAGUGGAGAUAGUCUUUUUGGCGAUCCCGAAGCGGCAAAAGAUUCCCUUGAGGAAGGCAUCACGGUGCAUGUAUCGAAAAACAAAUCAGUAGAACAAGGUGGCUUGCAGGAGGAAUCGGGCCUUGGAGAGGAGGAGGAGCAGCUUGAAAAGCCAAUGCCUAAGCGCAGAAGUGGACCGUCAAGGAUUGAUUCAAAUGUCGAUAAGCCGGCGGGUCUAAAGAGGCUGCCUUCCUUGAAAGAGAAGCUUGCACAGAAAGGCAAACCGUUCAAGAUUGUGGCUGCAAAAUCACGCCAGUCAGUUGACUCUUCCAAGGGCCAUCCAAGCGCAGGAAGCACUCCGCCAAUUUCCACGGCGUUGAAAUUACCCGAAUUCAGCCCGGCAGCUGAUGGGAUCGAUACCAACAAUACAGUACGCCCAGCGAAACCAGCCCCUGAGAAAUCCUCAGUAGGCUCCAGGACUCCUUCCACGGAGACCUCAGCUACGAAGUUAAACGGGCGCGCUCCAGCAACUGCGGCACCAGUGGAACCUGUCAAGAAGACUCAUACUAUUGUACGUCUAUUGAGUCCCUCCGAUCAGUCUGAGGAAGACUUCAGUGAGUCGGCAAAAUCUGUUACGGACGAAUCUUCCAGCGACGAUGACGAUGACGACGAAAGUAUUCCCGCCGUCCGACCUGCAAGGGUAUCUCGAGGUGGCGGUAUGGCUUUGCGAGGAAGAGGGCUAUCGAAUGGAACAAGCACGGCGAGGAGAGGCAGAGGGAGGGGAAGACCGGCAAUCAAGACGUGAUGUUUCUAGGAAGCUGAAACUGCCGAGGCCUAACUUCGUGCAAAGAUACCCGACACUUCAUGAUACCAUCAGAAGGGUGAUUAUUUUCUUUAUUCCGUACGUCAUAAAGGCCGUACGGCAAACCGUGAAUAGGGCAGAGGGCGUGAACAUAGCAAGUGAUGCUGAUAGAGCUGCUUGCAUGGGGAUAGUUAUAGCAUGAUAUCCGAUGACCAAGGUAUAGGCAUCACAAAUGAAAUACCAAUUUUGAGUCCAUGUUUUCUUUGAGAUAAUUCUUUUUGUUGCUGUACGCUAUCUCGAAAACAAAAUUAUUACAGUUUAACGCCAGCACAUGCAAGGUAUCUACAAUACGCUUUUCUUUGCACCUCAUGAGUAACCCCUCUUCUUGAAGCUCCCACCCUGCUUC